UAUUCUUUUUCAGUCUUUUCGAGUUCAUAAUGAGUUAGACAUAUACGUACAUAUUAGUUCAAUAUUAAUUAAAAAUAAUUUGAUUGAGAUAAUUUGAUAUCUUUGCGAUUUAAAGUUGUUAUACUAAAAGUUUUAAAAUUUUAUCAGAAUGUGUUGUGUGCUACUUCAACGGUAACGAAUGUAAACAACGCAGAAAUUACAAGUUCUUGUGUUUAACAGUCAGAUAAAAUCAUAUGUAUAAUGCCAAAAUAGCGUGGUAGACACACGAUCAUAGUGCAUUAUGGGUAGCCUACAGCUAAAUCCAGAACAUGUGAUAGAGUUGUGGACCCAGAAUGGCCUCUACAGGAUUGAAAUGCUGUUUGGGGAUAUCACAAAGCUCCCUCGUGAAGAAAAAGUAGACAUUAUUAUGGUGUCUGCAUUUCCAGGAGACUAUUCGCCAAUGAGUGGCACAGUUCUGGGAGCUUUGAAGAAAAACCUUGGAGUGAACCUGAUGAACCUGUCAAACGAGAAGGAUCUCGACCUGAGGCACCAUUUCUCCUGCUGGCUGACCAGACCGCUGAUAAAUGACCAUCCUCAUCUUCCCUUUAACAAAGUGCUCUGCUUUGAAAGCCGCAGGACAGCAGACAGUGUUACACAGCAGAUAUCACAGAUGUUUCGUGUGUUUGUACCUGUUUUUAACAAUACUGAACACUCAGUUAUCACACCACUGCUAGCUACCGGACACCAGGGCAGAGGCAAGUCACAGGUUUUAGGGGCCAUGAUUGAGUCUGCAGCAUCCUGGAUCCUGGCGGGGCUUCCACUGAAGGUGCUGAAGAUCGUCGUCUAUGGAAACUUUGAUGAUGGUAUUAAUACCAUGUUUACUGCUUUAAAGACGAGAUAUCUGAAAAAGAAUGAAGCAUUGAAGAACAAAAUCCUGAAGAAAGCCUAUGAUGUAUGCCUGACUUUCAAUCCAGUGGACAAAACCUUUGUCGAUGCAAUCAAAGAGCAGUUUCAGAAAUUAAAACCUGAUGUCAAGUUGUAUAUACAGAGUAAGGAAUUUAAGGAGGGCCAAAUAUGGCAAGAUGAAAUCUUCAGCAACAUGGUGGCUUGCAAAAAGAUAGUAACAGUUCUGACGCCAAACUUCAUGGAGAGUUCAGAGUGUCUGGACCAGUACAAUAUGGCGAUGUGUUGUAACCAGCUGUUCUCAGCCAACGUUCUCUCACCGUUCUACGUUGACACAAUUAAAACACUCCCCUCGUACAUGGGUCUAGUACAGUGGAUUGACUGCAGAAUCCGAAAAGAAGGGGACACAACACAUGAUAAAAUACGGGAGGCAUGUUCAAUGGUCAUAGAAUCCCUUGACAAACAGCCAUCAGAUGCUGCAACAUCAAAGACAAUCAUUGAGGCAAAACUUCAGUCAGCGGAGAAGUUUCAGUAUGAUGUAUUCAUCUCGUAUUCCCACCGAAAUCCCCAGCAAGCAGAACUCAUGUUGGAAAUAUUUAAGCACAUUGAUCCGCUCAUAAAGGUGUUCUAUGAUAGAAGUGCCCUUACUACAGGAGUGAACUGGCAAAAUAUGUUAUACCAGAGUGUUGGAGAGUGUCAAUGUAUGGUGGCGCUUAUCUCCCCAAACUAUCUCACCUCCACUGUGUGCACUGAAGAGUUUAACCUCGCAUUUGCCAGACACUUAUGUAAGGACAAAGGCAUGAGACUUAUCCCAGUGCUGAUUGAGGGAGUGAAUGAACUUCCUGAACAUAUCUCUGAGUGCCUAGAUGUGAAACAUGCUGCUGGGGACUUCAAGGAGUUUGCUACAGGACUUGCCUCUGAGGUCGUAGAUUGGCUCAAGUCAGAGGAGUCUGAACAGAUUGAUCCUGAAGAAAUGACAGUGCUGGACAUAUACGAUGAGCUUGAAGCCUGGCGGUGUUCACAAGUCAAACAGAAGUUUCAACUCUCUUUUGAGGAAAAGAUGAUAGCACCUAUCAAAAAUCCCAACAUCCAGAAGAGGCAAAAUAUAGAAAUUGAUGAAUCAGUGAUGGACAUUGCAAUCAUUUAUGCCAAUGACACAGUAAAUCUGGUGGGAACAUUUUGUAGUGUAAUUGACAAACUUUAUCCAGGACUUAACAUCAGUCUACACACAGCAGUGGAGCAAACACGUCUUUCUGCACUUGACAAAGCAAAAUGCAUUGUCCUCUUCAUCUCGCAACAAUUCUUACAAAGCGACGCACACAUGCAAGAGCUGCAUUUAGUGUUAAAUCGUCAGCGUUCUUUAGAGAAUGACAUCAUCUACCUUAUAAAGGCAGGACCCCUGCAUGGGCGGCCGUUCUUCCCAAGGAUUUUGAAGUAUGAUUUGGUUCUCUCUGAUGAUGUGUGGGCAGACUUUCAGAAAUCAUGUUUUCCUGAUACCAAACCAGACAAAAAAGUUGUGUAUUGCAAGAAAAGUCGAUUUGGUCACGCUCACACUUUUAGAUCGCAGUACAAGGAUUUCUUUGCUGUGUUGAAGGCAGUUUACGAUGUGCUUGAGUUCUUGUUACAUCCAGACACCAUGCUGGAGAAUCACGGAGCUCUCCUGGUGAACUUGAAGGAACACAGAAGAAAAGAAACCAGUCAGGAACCAAAGCUGGGGAAACCUGUCUCGCAGCAUGGUUCAGAAGAGCCUGUUAGCCAGACAGUGGAACACAAACCUGAAUCCAUGACAACACCAGCUGACAACACAAAAACACUGACUAACAAAGAAAGUGACAAGGAAGGAAAGAUUGAAAAUAAUCCAAACAUAUCCAAAAAUGCUGAUCAAAACCAUAUCAAAAAUGACAAAGCCGUUUGUAAGGAAGGGAAGAAGAGUAGUGCUUGUACAUUGUUGUAGAAUUUUGAGGAAAUGGACUUUACUUUGAUUGCUGGUCAAUCAGCUAUUUAUUUACCCGACAAAUGAAAUCCAAUACACAUACUGCGAUCAAUAUAUACUGGCUGGCAUUCAUGUGUAUAAUGUUUUGUUUAUCAUUUGUUUUUCUUGUUAACUUAUUAUGUUCCCAGAAGGGAGAAGCAUGUAGUCGCAACUUUUCGUCUGUCUUUCCUUCUGUCGUGAAAUCCUGCCUUGCAUUUUUUUUAAGUUACGGUAUCUGCUCUUAACCUGAUUAUUUUUUACGUGUGCUUGUCUGGGCUAUAUCUUGAAAAUUAAUAAAGAGAUUCAAAUGCAACUUGGUAUAAAAACAAACCUGCCUAUAUCUUUUUCAACUUAUAAUAAUGCUACAACCAUUCACAUUCUACCAGCGCAUUGUACUGUAAUCUACCCUGCAUAUUUAUUAAGUUAUCUCCCUUUAACCUGAUAUUUUUCAAUAAAUGGGUAAUUGUACAGGCCAUAUCUUGGAAUGUUUUAAAGGCAUUCAUUUAAACUUUGUUGUAUAAACAAACAUGAUCAAACAUCUUUUUCAACUUGUGGAUAAUAAUGCUGCGACCAUUCACCUUCUACCAGCACAUUUUUAUUAUAAUUUCUGCCUUUUCAAAAGUUCAUAGAAAUUUAGCAUUUGGAGAGCACCUCCCGCUUUCAGCAAGUCUCUUGUUUUAUGUGUGGGCAAGUAAUGUCUAUGUUUUGAUAUUUCAAUACAUUUUUGUAUUUUAUAAUAAGACUUAAUAAGAAUUCAAAUAAAUUUUGUUGAUGCAUAAUAUGUGAUACACUUUAUUGAUUUAUCAUAAAUGCCACAAAGUUUUAAUGAUCUAAGAUUUCUUUUACAUGAUGUAGGGUUUCAGCUAAAGAUUUAUGGAAAUGUACUGCUCCCUGUCCUUUUUUGGUAGCACCCUACCGCCCUCAUGGAGAACAGCAAGGGCAACCUUUUGCCUUCAUAAAAUUAAAUGCUUAAAUUAAUAAAACAUUAAAAAGAAAAGAAAAAAAAAUAUAUAUAGUAUGAUUCUAUAGACAUACAAUCUUUACAUGGUUGGCAGUUGAAACCAACCAAAUUUAAUAUUACUUCGAUCUUACAAUUUCUGUCCGAUUCAUAAUGUUAAGUUCUUUAUAGCCAGAUACAAUGUGAACUUUCCUCCACAAGCACCCCAGUCCCUCUCUUGCAGUGACCUGGCUUUCUGUAAACCUGCCUAAAACCCCAUGAUGUGUAGUCUGAUAUAUUCACACAGUCACUUAAUCAUCAAAUUGCUUGUCUCUUAUUAUUUAUUAUCCCCCCGCUUUGAAAAGGCGAGGGGAUAUAGUAAUGGUAGGCGCGAUUCUGUGUGUGUGUGUGCGUGCGUGUGUGCGUCUGUCUGUUCGCCGUCCCACAUUCAUUUCUUUGCAUCUCCUCUUACAUUUCUCAUGCGAUUUCUACCAAACUUUCACAGAUUGAUGAUCAUAAAGUGAAGCAGCGCAUAUUGUCGGGCUUUUAGGAUUUGACCAUUUUUGAAAGAGUUAUAGCCCUUUGUUUAUUUUACAUUUAAAAUUGGUUUCUUCGCAACUCCUCUAACGUUUUUCAUGCGAUGUCUACCAAACUAUCACAGAUUGAUGAUCAUAAAGUGAAGCAGCGCAUAUUGUCGGGCUUUUAGGAUUCGACCAUUUUUGAAAGAGUUAUAGCCCUUUGUUUAUUUUACAUUUAAAAUUGGUUUCUUUGCAACUCCUCUUAUGUUUUUCAUGCGAUUUCUACCAAACUAUCACAGAUUAAUGAUCAUAAAGUGAAGCAGCGCAUAUUGUCGGGCUUUCCUGAUUUGACCAUUUUUGAAAGAGUUAUUGCCCUUUGCUUAUCUUACAUUUAAAAUUGGUUUCUUCGCAACUCCUCUUACGUUUUUCAUGCGAUUUCUACCAAACUUUCACAGAUUGAUGAUCAUAAAGUGAAGCAGCGCAUAUUGGCAGGCUUUCCUGAUUUGACCAUUUUUGAAAGAGUUAUUGCCCUUUGCUUAUUUUACAUUUAAAAUUGGUUUCUUCGCAACUCCUCUUACGUUUUUCAUGCGAUUUCUACCAAACUUUCACAGAUUGAUGAUCAUAAAGUGAAGCAGCGCAUAUUGUCGGGCUUUCCUAAUUUGACCAUUUUUGAAAGAGUUAUUGCCCUUUGCUUAUUUUUCAUUUAAAAUUGGUUUCUUCGCAACUCCUCUUACGUUUUUCAUGCGAUUUCUACCAAACUUUUACAGAUUGAUGAUCAUAAAGUGAAGCAGGGCAUAUUGUCUGGCUUUUGCGAUUUGACCAUUUUUUAAAGAAUUAUUGCCCUAUGCUUAUCUACUAUGUAAAAUUGGUUUCUUCGCAACUCCUCUUACGUUUUUCAUGCGAUUUCUACCAAACUUUUACAGAUUGAUGAUCAUAAAGUGAAGCAGCGCAUAUUGUCUGGCUUUUGCGAUUUGACCAUUUUUGAAAGAGUUAUUGUCCUUUGCUUAUUUUACAUUUUAAAUUGGUUUCUUCGCAAAUCCUCUUACGUUUUUCAUGCGAUUUCUACCAAACUUUCACAGAUUGAUGACUAUAUAGUGACGCAGCGCAUAUUGUCGGGAUUUCGCGAUUCAGCCAUUUUUGAAAGAGUUAUUGCCCUUUUUUUACAUUUGAAAUUGGUGUCUUCACAACUCCUCUUACAUUUUUCAUGCAAUUUCUACCAAACUUUCACAGAUUGAUGACUAUAUAGUGACACAGGGCAUAUUGUCGGGCUUUCGCGAUUCGAUCAUUUUUGAAAGAGUUAUUGCCCUUUCUUUAUUUUACAUUUAAAAUUGGUUUCUUCGCAACUCCUUACAUUUAUGACUAUAUAGUGACACAGCGCAUAUUGUCAGGCUUUUGCAAUUUGACCUUUUUUGAAAGAGUUAUUGCCCUUUCUUAAUUUUACGCAAUUCUUACGCUCUUUUUUCAUAUAGAUUUUGUAGAAUCUUAGGAUUAUAGUGAAAUUAUGAUAUUAUGCGUGAGAAAGAGGAUUCAGAUAAGAAUUUUUCAUUUGUCUUAGCACAAUGGAUCUUUAUGCCAGUUUCUAUUUUUGCUUUCACUUAUUCAUUCUUACAUUUGGCAUUUUAUUCUCUCUCUUAUUCACAUAUCAUUUUUAUUUACAUACAUGAAUGAAACCGUCUUGUCUGUGAUAUUUAUAACCAGGUAUAUUUGAUAUUUUUUUGUACUUUACGCAAAACAUGUUAUUAUAC